GAAUAGUUAUUGCAAGCAGCUCAAAUGUGUGAACUGACAAAAAUUGUUUGCAAAACGAACUUUAACUUCAAAUCUAUUGUCUUAUUGCGCUAUCUAUUAGCGUUUGGAUUGAAAACUUGAGUUGCAAAAUUCAUCACAGUUUAACAUAGCGUUGGAAAAUAUGGAAAUAGAAGACAACGCGCUAUUCCGGGCUCGCACGCCAUCUGGCGACAGUCUUGACGGAAAAAAAAAGAAGAUUCGUAGGAAGCAGAAAGGCGGCGCUCAUCAUUCGAAAAAGUGGCGCCCUUACUUGAAAAAUACUGAAAACUCUGUCGAAAAGAAAGAUAAUGGAUUUCAAGCAACAGCACCGUCAAAUACGACUCAGUUUUUGAUUGACCAACACGGGGCGACUACGCCCGACUUCGACAAAUCUUCGGACGAAGAAGAUACAUCUCUCGAGGAAGAUAUCCGUGUUAAUCCUGACUUUUUAACAAAAGAGUUUUCACAAGAAUAUCGUUCGUAUCAAGUCGAGCGCUUGUACUCGUUGACAAAAGAGGAGUUGGUAAGAGAGUGUUUGAGUUUGGAGUCCAAAUUCGAUAAGACAGGAAAAUUGCGUAAGGAAAUAGAAACAUUACGUCGUGAAAACCUUCGCCUCAAUGAUGAAAACUCCCUAUUGCAUGCAAAAAUGAAGUUUGAGCAUAAAGAAUCCCAAGACCAGGAACCUCGAGUUCGAAGGUGCGGCAGUGAUUCUGUUCUCGAUACAGAACGUGGAAAUGAAUCUCUCUUAGAGGACUUGCAAACAGAAAUGCAAGAUUAAAAACCUGUUGUGUUUAUUAUUUUGUUACGUUGAAUAUAUAAUGAAUUUUAUAAUAUUUAGGCCUACGAGCUCAGAAGUACAUAGUGCAUACACAGUAAAUAUAAAGCCAGAUUAGUAUAAUGGCGUCGCCCCUCUAAUCGCGCGAAGCCAUUUUGAAAUAGCUGAUUUGGUUACAUUUCUGACUAUAAUCAAACCGGUAGAUGGUGCUGGUUUGCAAACAAUUUAAUAGGAUAUUAAUCUGUCAGAUUUAAAAUGUUAUAAACUAAAAUUUCCAUUUAUAAAGCUUUGUCGUAUCUGGACAAAAUCUGGAUAAUUUCUUCAAUAAAUAUUUGACUAAAUCUGCAGGAAAAUUAUUGAAUAUAUACAUGUGUUGAAUUAUUGCUCGAUAUUUUUAUUUUUGUCGUCGGUCUGUUUUACUUUCUCGCAGAUUUAAAUUAAAUUUAUAUAGUCAAGUUGAUAUUUAAUUGUCCCUAA